AUGCUUAAAUCAGUCAGUAGAGAUAUAGCUAUAACUGGAAAGAGUCCAUUUCCUGCCCAAAAUCGGGGAGAAAACGAUGGCGAGAAAUUCUUGACCAAAAUACCCAAGUUAAAACUGGGAGUCUCCAGUGUCGGGGAAACAAACCGAUCUGAAAAGCCCGAGGUAAAGUUACCUGUUCUCGCAAAGAAAGGAACAGUGAACAGUCUUUAUGAAGACAGUAAUGAUUUGCAGUUUAUUUUACGUGUCCGAUGCCUCGAAUUUCCGCUUCAAGUGCACGGAUUGAAACCGGAAUUGGAUGCAUCGAGUACGAAUUCGCCAGCGUCCACUACCGGUGAGAGCCCAAACGAAGCUAGAAGUGAAGCCUUGGAGUCUGACUUGUAUACCUUGCCUAAAGAAAAGAAUAACAGCUUGUCACUCUCUUCUUUCACUGUUUUAGAAGGAAGGCGAAUGAAUUUACGCGGGAAAGAAGAUUUCAAAAAACAAGAGAGAAAGAAACAGGAGGAAAACAACGACUUCGACUUGACGUCUCACGAAUCUGACUCUGAGAGCUCCCAGUCCUGGAAUAUGAGUUACUCGAGGGCUUGCCAACAGUUAUCACAGUCUCCAAAGACUGAUAAAUUCCAUAUAAGAAGUAAAUGUCGUGUCACACCUCGUAAUUUGACAGAGAGGAAGAUAGGCAAGCUUACAUCAGGUUCUGAUAUGAUCAAGUCGACAUGCCCUCGAAAAGACCAUAGGCGUCCAUCAUUUAAGUUACCAAAGGCUGAUAAAUACGAUAUCCACCCUCCAGCAGUCGUAGAAGUCAAAGUUUGUUCAGUAUUCAAAGGAGACGCUCUAAAAACAAUGAUUAUAUAUCCCGGUUAUAGCGAUAGCUGGAUUCCACGCCGGGAUCGUGACGUCAUCAAGAACGCCGUGUUUAAAGCAAUCAUGCAAAGACCAGCAUUGCUUCUAAGGCAGCCAUCGCAGGAAGCUGCAGGCAUGACAAUGGUGUUAAAAGAUAACGGAAAUUCGGCAACUACUAAGGCAAAUAUGACUGCAUCCCUGCCUGUUGACAAUGAAUUAACUCGACAAGUAAAGAAAUUUGUUGUAAGGCUUCCCCCAAUUGGCCAAGCUUCAUAA